UGAGACAGACAGGUGGUGGGAUGUGUGUCAGACAGACAGGUGUGAUGUGUGUGUUCAGGUGUGUGUGUAUACUGCUGUGUGUGUGUGAGAGAGUGUGUGUGUGUCUGAACCUGUUGGAUGAAGUUGUGAUGUUCAGCGGACCGACAGGAAGUCUGUUUGGAUUCUCUGUCGACUUUCACACCAUCAACAACAAGUCCUUUGCUGUGAUUGGAGCUCCCAAAGCCAACACCAACCAAUCAGGAGUGACGGAGGGAGGGGGUGUGUUUCUUUGCCCCUUGUCACCUGGAGGCGGGGCCUGUGACAUCAUCAAUUUUGACCUGAAAGGUGAUGAGAUGUUCAGCAGCUCCGGCCUGUUCUUUCACACCUUUAAGACUCAGCAGUGGUUUGGAGCUUCAGUUCGAUCACUCAGCAGCACACACUUACUGGCAUGUGCUCCACUGUUUCAUUGGAAUGUUAAGGGGGGAGGGGCGGAGUCAGGGAAAACACCUGUGGGGAACUGCCUUCUACUGGACCACAGGACAGGAAGCUCCUCCUCCUUCUCUCCGUGCAGAGGAAGCAUGAUGGAGGCUGAUUACAAACGCAUGAAAAAUAGAAACGACCAGCGCUACUGUGAGGUCGGCUUCAGCGCUGACAUCACUAAGGAGGGUCGGCUCGUGCUGGGUGCUCCUGGAAGCUUUUAUUUCCAGGGUCAGGUUUUCACAGUGGGUGUGAGUAAGAUCAUCAACAGUGAGCACAGCGACAGUCCCAUCCAGUAUGUGGGAGGCAUCAGCCAAUCGGACGAGAGAGGAGAUUAUGACCUUUACCGUGGUUACUCUGUGGCCAGUGGUCUGCUGACUGGAGACGCCACACCAGAUUAUCUGGUCGGAGUUCCCAAUGACAGAAACACUGCAGGAACAGUGCACAUCUACGAUGGCAGGAGCACUGGAUCCCUGAGUGUUUACCACGUCUUCCAGGGAGCUCAGGUGGCAUCAUACUUUGGACACAGUGUGGCCGUGGCUGACAUCAACAGUGACGGUUUGGAUGAUGUGUUGAUCGGAGCUCCUCUGUACAUGGACAGGGUGAUGGAGCAGCUGCAGGAGAGAGGACAGGUGGUUGUGUACCUGCAGAGAAGACACGCCUACUUUGCCUCUCAACCUGACCAAUCACUGAUCGGCCUCUCCUUGUAUGGGCGGUUUGGCUCCGCCCUCGCUGUUCUGGGUGACCUGGAUAUGGACGGUUUCCACGAUGUGGCUGUGGGGGCGCCCUGGUCAGGCGAAGAUGGGUGGGGCCAGGUGUUUAUCUACCUGGGCAACAGUAACGGUCUGUCAGCCACACCCUCUCAGGUGAUUGACAGCCCAUUGCCUAGCAGCAGGGCAGCGUUCGGAUUUACUCUGAGGGGCGGGGCUGAUAUUGACGGGAAUGGAUACCCAGACCUGCUGGUUGGAGCGUGGGCUGCAAACCGAGCUUUCGUGUACAGGUCCCGGGCAGUGAUCCGGUCCAGAGUUUCUCUCACUCUACUUCCAGACUUCCUGAAUCCAGAUGUCAAACUGUGUCAUGCAGCAAACACGCCUGUCUCCUGUUUUGUUUUCCAGGUGUGUGUCUAUGUGUCUGGUCACAGAAUCCCACAGGAGACAGUAUUGGGGGCAGAGCUGCAGCUGGACAAGAUGAAGCAGCCAAUGGCACAACGGACUCUGCUGCUGUCAACCAAUCAGCCACAGGAGACGAUGAAGCUGAUGGUUCAGAGGGAGGUGGGCGUGGCCUGUGUGAAUCAGACAGCCUACCUGAGGUCUGAAGAGGAGGUUCAUGAUAAGUUGAGUCCAAUCUUCAUCACCUUUGACAUUAGCCUCCUGAAUACUACCCAGCAUGCUUUGCUUCAUGGACAAACACACGCUGCUGCACAGACCAGAAUUAUUCUGGACUGUGGAGACGACAACAUCUGUGUUCCUGACUUGAAGCUGAGGGCUGAACCUGUGUCAGACAGUGUGUUUGUCGGUGAUGAUCAGUCGGUGUUGUUGUCAGUGUCGGCAGGAAAUGAUGGUGAGGGGGCGUACGAGACUGAGCUGGUGGUGCGAGUCCCCGAACACACACACUUCCAGAGCAGCCAGGGUGUGAACAGGCUGGUGUGUGUUCAGAGGAAGGAGAAUCAGACCAUCAUCGUGACCUGUGACCUCGGCAACCCCAUGAGACCAGGACGCACACUGCAGACAGGUCUUUUGUUCAGUGUGGGUCGUCUGGAGGACGUAGAGAGUCACAUCACCUUCCACCUCCGAAUCAGGAGUAAGAACCAGAUGAAUUCCAGCAGUAACGAGGUCACUGUGAAGGUUCAGGUGAGAGCUGAGGCGACACUGGAGAUCAGAGGAGGCUCCUUACCUCCAGAAGUUCUCCUGCCCCUCCCUGCUUGGCAGCCUGCAAUGCAUCCUGGGAGUUUAGAGGAAGUAGGUCCACUGGUGGAACAUGUUUAUGAGUUGAGAAACCAGGGUCCGAGUGUGGUCAACGUCCGGCUGACGGUGGACUUCCCCUCCAUCUGGCAACGUCACUUCCUGCUCUACAUCUUCGCCAACGCCUCCGAAGAAUCACUGAGCUGCUGGACCCUGAACGCAUCGCAGAUAGACCCCUACAAGCUGGUUGGAAACUCCUCCAGUGUGUCUGUAGUUUCUCCAUUGAUCCAGCAGGAGGAGACAAAGUCCCACAGACGAACUGUCCAUGUGAACUGCAGCAGCAGUGAGACGGGGUGUGUCAGGUUUGUGUGUGAUGUCAUGGCGUUGGAGCGGGGCUUCAGUGCUGUCGUCAGAAUCUCAGCCCGACUAUGUACACACACACUCAUACAGACUCCGUACUUGAACUAUGAGCUUGUUUCCUCUGCUUCGUAUGAUGUCAUCAAUGCGUCAUCAAAGGUUCAACCAAUAGUGCUGCAGAGUGGACACACACAGACUAAGAUCAGUGUGUUGUGGCGUCCUCCUGAUAGAGAGAACGAUGUUCCUAUUGGCUACAUCAUCCUGUCAAUCAUCUCUGGACUCCUCCUCCUGGGUCUGCUGUGUUUUAUCUUCUGGAAGCUGGGUUUCUUUCAGAGAACACGCCCCCCCACUGGUGAUGAGGAUGAUGAAGAAGAGGCUGAGGAGAGUCACAUGACUGAAUAACACACACACACACACACACACAGAGUAUUUCUCACAUGACACUGGACAUGAACACAUGAUGUCUGUGUGAUGUUUGUUUCACACACGUUUCUUUCACACGUCACCUUUAAUCACUAUUGAGAGAAGUUAGACUCAAAAUAGUCACGUCUCACAUGACACACGCACACACACGCAUGCACACGCACACACACGCACAAAUAAAAGAUAAGUUUCACAGUGUGUCUGAAACAGUUUUUCUCGGGUUUAAUUUCUCUCCAGAAUUCAAACACAGAAACUACUUCCUGAAUCGUGUGUUCACGAGUUCACAACCUUUUAGGCCUGAGCACACGGGUGGGGUUCCAAAGCUCUGGGUGGGGGUCCAGUCUGAGGCUCAGGUUCCGAGAAACGGGCCACUGAGUCAGAUUGCAGGAGGGGGGGCUGCGCCUUUACUCCGACCCCCCCUCAGGAUUCCCAGCUGGGUGCAGUCCGCAGCGCUCUGCUGUAGCUGGGAACAGCUGCUGUGAGUAAACAUCUGUUAGCGUGUGAGGGGAACAGACCUGACCUCAGUCGCAGUCGGUCAGACAUGUUUGAAUUUUUGAGUCGAAUCUGGACGCGAUCGGGCAGCGCGAACCGAUUACCCACCUGCAAACACGCCAAUGAAAAAGAGAGGGUGGGACACAGGAAGUAGCAGAUUAAUCUCUCCCCGUCCACCUGUUUACUUCUUCCUCUUCCUCUUCUUCUUCUUUCCACCAACUGUUUGUGUUGUUCAGUUUGCUGGAGUUGGUUUAACAUCGUGUCGUCUGUGAUUCCUCGUCAGACGCAGGUGUUAAGUGUGUGAUCCUGAGUGUGUUAGUGUGUCAGUGUGUCAUAGUGUGAACCUGUGGCAGUGAACGUUGUGUAGUGUGUCUCCAGCUUAAAGGUGGAGGAGCUCAACACUCAGCUCCUGUGAGUCUGUCUCUUUAAAUCAAAUCAGUCGAAUUCAGUUUUUUCUUUUUGCUUGAAGCUUCAUUUGUUCCUUCCAUCGUCCAUGACUCUCGGAUCACAGUCACACAGCUGAGCACAUCUGGAUUUUAUCACCACAACAACAUCAACUGAAGUUCCACAACUCAAAAUUACAAACGUUCCUCGUGUUUGACAAAGAGUCUGAGUUUCCAGCCUGACAGAUGGAGCUCACACUGAUCCUAUUAACACACACACACACAGUGAAACACACUGAGACUCAUCAUGUGUUUCCAUGGAAACCACCUGUGGAUUCAUUUUUCUUUCAUUGUUGUUUUUUACUCCUGGAAUUUGCAUUAAUUUAUAAUAAAAUACUGAAACUUUGGAAACUUUAAAUACAAAGAAGAGUAAAGUUUAUUUUGGUGCUGCAAGAAAGAAGGAAGGAAGGGAAGAAGGGAAGAAGGAGAGGAAGAAAGGG